AUUGCAGCACUCAAACUUCAGUUGCCUUCAGAGCUUCAAACUGAGAGGCCACAUCAGUAGUGUUGUGUUAUGGGUAAUGUAAAUACAUUGUUGUAUUUACUUGGAGAAGGCCUUUUAAAAUGAUUGAAAAGUGCAAGUUAUUUUAGUGGAAACUAAUUUUAAUUAUACUCCAUAGCUAUAAGUAUAGCAUGAAUCAUGAUAUGAAUCUAUUGGACAAAACUGGAGCAGAUAAAGAGGCAUAGCUGUUGUGAACUGAAAAUUAACGCUUUUGUUUUAAGUGCAUUUGAAACAACAUUUUCAGGCUAAAAUGGGGACAGCAGAUGAGUGUUUAGACUCAUCGAGUUAUGUUGCAUGGAAAAAGUUGCAACUCAGCAAAGCAAAACUGAAAGCUUCCAGUAAAACUUCAGCUCUUUUGGCUGGAUUUGCAAUGGUUGCAAUGGUUGAAUUGCAGUUAAAUAACUGGAAUGAUAUCCCUGAAAAAAUGAUAAUCCUUUUCACCGUCUGCACAACAUUACUCGUGGCAGUGCACAUGCUGGCACUAAUGAUUUCAACGUGUAUUUUACCAAACAUAGAGGCUGUAUCUAGUAUGCACUGCAUCACUUUUAUUAAUGAAUCUCCACAUGAGCGCCUUCAUUGGUACAUUGAAGUAGCUUGGGCAUUCUCUACUGUACUAGGAUUAUUUCUAUUUCUCGUAGAAAUUGCUAUACUCUGUUGGCUAAGAUUUUUUGAAGUAUCUACUACAGCUGCAUGGUCAGGAACUAUAAUUUUAAUUCCAGUAUUAAUAAUUUUCCUGGCAUUUGCAGUCCACUUUUAUAGAAGUCUUGUUUCGCACAAAUAUGAAGUGACUGUAUCUGGGAUACGUGAACUGGAACUGCUCAGAGAGCAGAUUGAAUCUUCACACCUUGAAAGUGCAAGUGCACUCAAUAAUAGGGUGUUCAUUGCGUAAGUUUUUCAAGUUUGAUGCUAUUGCAUACAAAUAAUUUGCAUUAUUUAUUGAAUAUUUUAUAGAUAUUUAUAAUUGCCCUGAUCUUUAUAUAAAGAAUCUCUUACUUAAUGCAUUAGUGCCUUUAUUCUUGAUAAAAAUUUUACACAGAUAACUACUUAAGUUUUUAUACUAUAACUAAUUUACAAGACAAAAUAAACAAUUUUUAAAACUUUUUUUGUUUGUUAAAAAAUCCUAAUCCAUUGAAACUGCAACCCGAUUCCGAUUUUGUUAUAAAAGCUAUACUUUAACAAUUAUGACACGUGAUGCUUGUUAAAAGCAAGUAACUUUUAAACUAUUUGAAAUAUAAUAAACUAAGUAUUGUUAAAAUAAAGCAGAUUUAUUAUUAAUUGAA